UCCUAGGUCAUGGCGGCCCCCGAGCCGCUGCGAGAGUCCUUCUUCCCGCCGUGGGAGGGAGCCGCAGCCUGAUAAAUCCUCCCGCUUGUCUGACGCUCGCUUGUUCCUACCUGCCCGCCUCCCGGUGCCAGACAAGGGCGGGCGGCGGGGAGGGGGCGGAGGACACUCGCCUGCGGGAGCCUCGCCUAAGAGUCACGGGAGAAGGCGGCUCCUUGGGACCGCCUGCGGUUCCCUGCAGCUACGAGGAAGGCCGCGCCACCUGGGAAGGUGGGGCCGGAGAAAGCCUGCGUCUCUCCUUCCUCCUCCUCUCCCGCCCCGCCAACCUCGGCCUUCGGACGCGCGCGGCAGCUGCUGCGGGGGAUUGCGCCCGAGGUGGAGCUGAGCAUGACCGAGAGGAGUCGUCUCUCUCUCAGCAGAUGUUGAGUUUUCUUCCGUUCUUGAGACUGUGGCAUUCUCAGUAGCAGUAUGAUUUCAUCCAAGGAAUAUGGUUCUGGUUCCUGGGAGCUCACUGUCACCAUUGAUCACCCAUAUGGAGAACAGAAGGAGAGCACGCUCCAAGUAUCAGGAGAUCUUCAUAUUGGAGGAGUAAUGCUCAAGCUUGUGGAAAAAAUUAGUGUCUCACAGGAUUGGUCAGACUAUGCCCUUUGGUGGGAGCAAAAGCAAUGCUGGCUUCUGAAAACACACUGGACAUUGGAUAAAUAUGGGGUGCAAGCUGAUGCCAAGCUGCUCUUUACAGUACAGCACAAAAUGCUGCGCCUUCGCUUGCCAAGCAUGAAGACUGUACGAUUGAGUGUCAGCUUCUCUUCGGUGGUGUUCAAGGUUGUUGGAGACAUCUGCAAGACCCUUGGUAUUAGACGGUCGGAAGAACUUUCUCUGCUGAAAUUACCCGAGGACGCGAAAAAGAAAAAGAGAAAAGAAAAGGACAAAGAGCCAGUCAUAGAAGAUAUUUUAAAUUUGCACAGCUCUCCAGUGAGUUUGGGAUUGCCAGCAAGUCCCGGAUUAUACAGUAAAACCAUGACUCCCAUAUACGAUCCCGUCAGCGGCACCCCUGUCUCUUCAACCGUUGCAUGGUUUGGCAGCAGCCCUCUGAUGCAGCAGCACUGGAACAGCCUCGCUUUCAGCCUCCCCACUUGUACACCUGAAACACUGGCCAAAAUGUACCAGCCUCGAACUUUGGUGGACAAAGCAAAACUGUACGCAGGGUGGCUAGAUUCUUCACGAUCCCUCAUGGAACAAGGAGUCCAGGAGGAUGAUCAGCUUUUGCUACGUUUUAAAUACUAUGCUUUCUUUGAUUUGAAUGCAAAAUAUGACGCAGUGCGAAUCAACCAGCUGUACGAACAAGCUCGAUGGGCUAUUCUGCUGGAAGAAAUAGACUGCACAGAGGAAGAAACCUUCAUCUUUGCUGCAUUGCAGUAUCACAUCAGCAAGCUGACGUUAUCCUCGGGGUCACAGGAUUUCACAACAGAAGUGGAAACGGAUGAAGUGGAAGCUGCUCUUUUUAAUCUUGAAGUAACUUUGGAAGGGGUAAAAGCAGAGAAUCCUUUGGAGGAUAUCACAGACAUACCAGAGCUUGCUGACAACCUCAGGUUAUUUAGAUCCAGAAAGUUGUCACUGAAAGGCUCCAAGCAGUAUUGGUUUGUCUUCAAGGACACGUCGGUUUCUUAUUUUAAAAACAAAGAAGCUGAACAGGGAGAACCCAUUGAGAAGUUGAACCUACGAGGAUGUGAAAUUGUCCCCGAUGUAAGUGUAUCAGGGAAAAAAUAUGGAAUUAAGUUACUUAUCCCUGUUGCUGACGGAAUGAAUGAAGUACACUUGAGAUGCGAUAACGAAAAUCAGUAUGCCAGAUGGAUGGCUGCUUGCGUUUUAGCUUCUAAAGGAAAAACAAUGGCGGACAGCUCCUAUCGUCCUGAGGUCCACAACAUCCUGUCUUUCUUAAAAAUGAAAAGCAGAACUGCUUCUCCCCAAGAAGUUACAAAUGUGGAAAGCAUGGAUGUGAAACCAGAAUGCUUUGUCUCACCCCGAUAUGCAAAAAAAUACAAGUCAAAGCAGCUGGCUGCUCGCAUUUUAGAAGCCCACCAAAACAUUGCUCACAUGCCACUUGUGGAAGCCAAACUGAGAUUUAUCCAGGCCUGGCAGUCACUUCCUGAGUUCGGCUUGUCCUACUACAUCGUAAGAUUUAAGGGAAGCAAGAAGGACGAUCUCCUGGGGAUUUCUUAUAACAGGCUGAUAAGGAUAGAUGCUGUCACUGGGGACCCAAUAACCACAUGGAGAUUCUCAAAUAUGAAACAGUGGAAUGUGAACUGGGAGAUACGACAGGUUGCCAUUGAAUUUGAUCAGAAUGUAUCAAUUGCCUUCACUUGCCUCAGUGCGGAUUGCAAGGUGGUCCAUGAAUACAUCGGAGGCUACAUUUUCUUGUCAACCCGUUCUAAAGACCAGAAUGAAACACUGGAUGAAGACUUGUUCCAUAAAUUAACUGGAGGCUGGGAGUAAGGAAGAGCAUGGAGCUGCCUUUGGUUCGGAUAGGCCAGCUAGAACUCCAGAAAAGGACUUCCUAUAUAUGAAUCUAUUUUGAAGCCAAGGAAUGAUACACUGUUUUAACCCAUUCUGAUGCAACUCAUUUCUUGUUAUCACUAUCACUUUUUGACUUACCUCAGGGAUUAUCUGUGUUAUCCAAGCCCACCCAUGUUAAUACACAGAGCCUAACUUGUUACGCUAUUUACCCAUCAUGUCUGUGUGGGACGCAGUUGAACUGACUCUGUAAAUCUUUAUUGAAAUGAUACGGUUGUCAACCUCUGUAACUCAGGGUCAAAACGGGAGGAGAGUUCCCUUAAGAGGUUUCUCAGCUGUGCAAGUCACAAAUGAUCUUGCUUUUGAAUGGCAACUGGUCACAGCUAUGCUUGUGAGGUUCGCAAAUGCUCUUGAGCGAGGAAGUAAAGAACCAUCCAGUUGGUUUUAGCUCCUUGCCCUGGGAUGUUACUCCAUUCCCAGACACCAGGUGGAAGAGCCAGAACUGCAGACUUCAGUCCAAGGGCCCGAACCACACAGGCAUUGAUGGGAUAAGUGUCCGGUGCUUCCGUUGAGUGGGUUCCUGUCAGUGUCCAUGUAAGGUUUGUAUAACUAGUCAUUGGGUAAUUGCAGCUGAUGGAUGAAGUGCUAGGAAGCAUCUUGGUUAUGCCGUUGUGUGUGUUGCGUUUGUGACUAGGCAUGGAACUGAGAAGCGGCCUGGUAUUUGAAGCUAGAAUUAACCAUGAUGAGUUAUGCAGACAUUACAAAAACAGCAAUUGGAUUCUAGCCACUGAAUGUUUAAAAAUCUCUCUCUCUCUCUCUCUCUCUUCAUCUGCAAUGAAAUACAGAUUUGUCUGGGAGAGUGAGUGGCUGUGUGAACUUUAUCUCUGAGUGAGGACCUGCAACUCCUCAAUCCUCGUCUGGCAUUCUAACCACUACACCAUGUCAUGCUGUUGGUUCAGCCCAUCGGCACUUGCAUGCACUAUACUGUGAACUGAACUUUUGAUUUUGACUUUUUUUACUAUUUAAAAAGAAAACACUCCUCUAACCUAUAAACAAAACAGCGCCCUGCAGACAUGGGUGCUUCGUUUCCAUAUCCAGGGGAUACAAAUACAAACCCAGCACCCCAGGUGCCAUGGUGGGCCAUUCCCUCCUCCCAGAACCAGCCCACUCCACUCACCAGGCUCCGUGUGGCACACCCCUCUGUCAGCAUCAUCAUCACGCUAAUGGCAGAAGUCGUCUUGCCAGCACUUCCCAACUCUCAUAACUGCUCAGCAGCUGAGCAGGGAGACACAUCCUUACUGGAGUGGUUGGCUGUGGGGAGAGAUGGGGAAAUGCUGGCAGGACUACUUCCAUGAUUGACAUGACAGUGGUGCUAGUGGACAUGCAUGCUGCACACAGAGCCCAGUGAGUGAACCGAGCUAGUUUGGGGGCAGGGGGCGGGGGGAAAUGGACUGCCAUGGCACCUGUAGUGUUGUGCUUGCAAGGCUAAGACUCUCAGAUCAUUUGAUCUGGCUCGUGAUUUAAAGAGGUCCUUGUAUCAUCGUAAAGCAGUCGGGCAUUGAUGUGGAACUAUAGGAGUUUUUGCACUUGGUUCUCAUGAAUAGCAUUGAGGUGGUGGUUGUGGAAAGAAUGAAAACACAGGUGUACCAAUGUAUGCAUUGAAGCAAUCUCACAGCUCCUUGAUUUACUGCUAUACUAUAUAUUAGAGGAGAUUCAUCAUCAUUACUAUUCUGCCUUUUUAAGAGACUCUCGUACUCAUUUUAAUUAGGCACACACAUAAAAUAAGGAUGCUAAAGCAGAAGAAAUUAAACAGGUGCUCUAUAUACAAUGUAUUAAAGUUUGCAAAGUCAAUGUAUGUACAUGUUUGCAAUUUUAAUUGUAGGCUUGUGCGUGUCUUCUGUUUUUGGAUUUCUUCCCUAAGUAAAUCUGCAAAUUAUAGCCAAAGAGCCUGCUGUGCAAUUGUGCUGAUAAUGAUGUAACUUGUAACUGCAGUUUACCACUAAUUAAUGAGUCUCCACUUGGAUUCUUCAUUGCGUGUCAGUUGGGUGGCUUGGCACAUAAUCUGGGUACUUGUUAAUUAGUAGUAAUUUGCACUUGUGAAUUGUGCCACUGCCCUUCUGCCAGCAUCACUGUACAAUAGAAUUUUGACCUAUAUUUCUAUAAAAUGUUAUCUUAGAGUAUUUUUAAAGUUGGGUUGUUGUUGUUUUCAUUUUCAUCCAAAUAUUUUCCAUGUAGUCCUCCCAGUGUUUUUGGAUUCAGGAGAUACUUUUCAUAUAAAUCAUUUCAGAGUUAUUGAAUGUUGCUUAGUUAUUGAACGAUGUUUGUCUACUUUCCCAAAUUACGUAAUGUAAUAUAACUAUCUGGUUUUUUGUUUGUUUUGUAGGGAAAUGUCAAGGGUUUUACUAUGGUUUCAGUUCUUUGGGUCUUUUAGAAUAAUCUAAAACGCUGGCUGGAUAGCUCAGUGGUUUAAGUAUCUGGCUGUGGAGCCAGAGGUUGGGUCCCCCACUGGGCCU